AUGGGGGUCCAUGGUCUGUGGCAACUGCUGCAGCCGGUCGGUCGGCCCGUGACACUCGAGUCGUUGCAGGGCAAGCGACUAGCGAUCGAUUCGUCUAUCUGGCUGUAUCAUUUCCAGAUGGCGAUGCGUGAUCGGGAUGGGCGGACGAUGGCGCACGCGCAUCUCCUUGGAUUCCUGUGGCGCAUUCUCAAGUUGCUCUACUACGGCAUCAAGCCUGUGUUUGUUUUUGAUGGCGGUGCGCCUGAGCAGAAACGACGAACACUGAUACAGCGCAAGCAGCGGCGCGCGACGGCGGCUGAAUCGUAUGUGAGAACGGCGGAAAAGCUGCUGGCUGCACAGAUGCGGCAGGCUGCUCUUUCGCGGCCGGAAGCUCUUGAGCCAGGGACUGUUUUUCAUGACGAAGUGAAUGCGGCACCUGUCAAGUAUGUUGUGCCCAAGGAUCCGUACCAGCUGCCAGCCAUGCCACCGAAUGCACUGCGUGCGUCGGACCGAAAAGACAUUCGCCUCGCCACCGAGGCAGAGCUGCGUGCGUUGGUACAUUCCAUGGCGCCGGAAGACCUCGAUAUACACUCUGAUCUGUUUACGAAUUUGCCUCCUGAGCUGCAGUACGAAUUGGUGGGCGACCUGCGCAUGCAAUCGAGAACCACGUCGUACAAGCGUCUGCAAGACAUGUUGCAUGCGGCCCCUACGGCGAUCGACUUUUCCAAGGCCCAGGUCGCUGCGCUGAAAACACGCAACGAUCUCACGCAAAAGGUACUGACCGUCACGGACGAACUGGGCCAUGCGAAUAUCCCCAUGCGUGUUGAGGGACUCCGGAAUCGCGAGUAUGUCUUGACCCACAUCGAUGCCGGGGACGGCGGCUUUGCGCUGGGUGCGCGAGACGCUGGAACGUCACGAGAUAAGCCUAUUGUGAUCGAAGACAUCAAGCCUGUGAUCGAGGAAGAGGACGAGGAGGAGGAGAUGGACGACGUGGACAUUCCCACGAUGCCGCCGAAGGUCGAGGCUAUGAGCCCGCCGCCUCACGAGGAGCUUCGCGAGCUCGACGAGCCAGCGCUUCGAUCCCAUUCGGAGCUCACUCGAGUAGGCGAACUUCCUCCAGAGGCGCCUACCGCCCACCCUUCGUCCCCUGCGUUCGAGUUCCUUGGGGCCUCGCCAGAGCUCUCGCCAUGCGAGUCGCAUGUCUCACCCGACACCAGGCCUUCUAGUCCCAUUCGAGGCGCCGUAUCCCCGUCAUCGUGGGAGGCCGAAUCAGCGCACCUGGAGCAAGCGCCAGCGAACGCAGGCCGCGGCAAGUCACCGACUCCUACUCAGCCGCAUGAAGCGCCCCUCGAGGCAGCGUCUCCUGGGGCGUCUCCUGCCUCUUUUGAGCAUGUCUCAGAGCCUCGCACGGAAGGACGUAGUACGGCGCGUGACUCGAUCGAGCCGCAUGUGAUGCCCCGGAAGACUGCACACUCGGCACUAGGCGAUGCUACUGUGCUCGUCGAAGAGCCUCGCAUCGAGCCACGCGCCACGUCCGCUCAGCCUGUUCCCCUGUCGCCUGAGUCUCCACCGAACGAACGCGACUUGAUGGCCCUGCCUACAGAGACCCAUGCAAAACAGAUACCCACUGAGCCAUCCCCCCCUCCUGAGCCGCCCCUGUUCAUGCCGUCACCAUCCCCACCCCCGCUGGGUCUCGAUGGCUUUCCGCUCUCGGACACGGUGGAAGAAGAGCCUGAGCUCGAGGCGGACCAGACCGAGUUUGCCGAUUUUGCCAGCGCCACCAGUGGGCAGAGUCUGCCAGACAUGCGCCGCCAGGUUGAGGCGGAUGUGGAUGCGCUACGUCGUGAACGGGCGCGACUGAAGCAGCCCGAGCAGGAAACCACGCACCAGAUGACUCUAGAGAUUCAAGCCAUGCUGCGCCUAUUUGGCCUACCCUAUAUCACGGCGCCGAUGGAAGCGGAAGCGCAGUGUGCACAACUUUCGAUACAGCACCUUGUGGAUGGCAUCAUCACCGACGACAGCGAUGUGUUCCUGUUUGGUGGCUCGCCGGUGUACCGACACAUGUUUAAUCAUCGUCAAUCUGUCGAGUGUUACUGGAUGUCGGACAUGGAGCGCGAGCUGGGCUUGUCACGCACGCGGCUCAUUCAGCUGGCAUUUUUGCUGGGCAGCGACUACACCGAGGGCUUGACGGGCGUGGGCCCCGUUCUAGCGAUGGAAAUCCUGUCGCUGUAUCCGGGCGACCAUGCUCUUGAGUCGUUCCGCGACUGGUGGCGCGAGGUGCAGAUGGGCCACGACACGAUGCCGCGGUCCAAAGUCCGCGCUCGCAUCCAGCGCGCUCUUCGUGACAAGGUGCACUUGUCAUCCGACUGGCCCGAUGUGUAUGAGCGUGAGGCGUAUGUGGCGCCGCACGUCGAUGACAGUGACGAGCCGUUUGUGUGGGGCCACGCAGAUCUCGAUGCGAUCCGCGCCUUCCUGCACGAGUACCUGCACUGGCCGGCGUCCAAGACGGAUCAGUACGUCCUGCCUGUCCUGGAGCAGCAGCGCAAAACAGCCCGACUGCAACGUGUGCAGGCGACGCUGGACCAGGCAGGAUUUGUCGGCGGACGCGUGCCGCACAAGGCGACGUCCUUCACGUCGACGCGUCUGCAGCAUGCCGUCGAGCAGUUUCGAGCAUCCAAGCGGCCUAGACCUUCUACCUAG